AUGGAGUCUAUUCGGCGGCUGCGGUCGUUCAUUAGGUUGUAUAAUAAACACCUAGCUGCAUGCAAUCCGCAGCAGCAGCAGCAGCAGCAGCAGCAGCAGCAGCAACAGCAGCAACAGCAGCAGCAGCAGCAGCAGCAGCAGGAGCUACACCCAGAGAAAGCUUUAGAGCUUGAGGUGUAUAGGCAGCUCUUGCAGCUGCAGCUCCCGGACUAUCCCCACCCUCAUCCUCACCCUCAGCAGCAGCAGCAGCAGCAGCAGCAGCAGCAGCAGCAGCAGGAGCUGCAGCAGCAGCAGCUAUCAACGUUUCUGAGUACACCCGGAGAAACUAAAAAGAAUAGCAGCACGCAUGCAAAUAAAAAAACAAUGGACCUCUAA